AUGGCAGGCACGAAUGACAGCAAUGCAUUCGAGAAGUCAGGAAAAACAUGGCUCGUUGCAAUUUCGCAGAUAGUGAGAAUCGAUGGAAAAUAUGUCAAUAUUGACUUGAAUGGCAGACAAAAUGUGCUGGCGAGAGUGUCGAUUGUUAACUGCGAUUUAAAAUGUCUUUACGACAGAUAUGUGAAACCCGAAGCUGAGGUAACGGAUUAUCGCACUCACUUAUCCGGCCUCAGGCUUGAAGACGUCGAGAACGAUAAGCUGCUCCAGUCUUUGGACAGAUAUUUUGCAAAUUUUGCUUCUUUUUUUUUUCUUAUGCAUUUUGCCAUUCAGAUUGAAAAAGCAUUCAUUUAA